AUGAUUUUUCUUCUGCUUGGACUGUCGAUAUUAACAGUAACUGUAAGAGCUCCUCAUUACAAAGGUGGCUUAAUUAAUUGGAAACCUGUUGAUCCAUAUACCAAUGCCAGUACUGUUGAAAUUAUUAUUUAUGAAUCCCAUUCAUGGACAUUAAGUCGUUUUCCAUGCGAUCAGACAAAAAUAGCCACCUUAGGUCCUUACGCAGAUACAAGCGGUGGUAGUUCAGGCGCAUCUAUUGAUUGUCAGACAUCUGUAACCAACUGCGCAGGAACAGGCUUUUCAGACUUUGAUGAUUAUAAUUACUGUACUGAUUUUUGCAAUAUCGUACAAAUCAGUAGUGGAGCUUUGAUUAAGAAGAUGACUUUGAAUCGUAAUACGAAUAUCGUAGUCGGAUUUACAGGAAACAGUUGGGCUGCUGAAAUCUUAAAGCCAUCUUCUAGUGCAUCCGCGAUUUAUUGGGCCGUAAUAACUCGUAUUGAUCUCACACAAAAGUAUCCUAUUAACUCAUCACCAGUGACUGGAUCUCUGCCUCUCAUUCGUGUCAUCGAAGGGCAAACAGCCAUUAUUCAGAUUCCAAGAGCCGAUUGGGAUCGAACUGAUGAUAUUCGCUGUCGUUGGGCAAGUAGUACCGGUGCUGCUGGAGAUGAAUGUGGUGACAUAUGUAAUAAUUUAUCAGGUGCAAAUCUAUCAGCUAGUGAAUGCACGAUAACUUGGGAUGCUGUGCGACGACCAUAUGAUAUCAGCAGCAGUAGAACUACAAGUACUUACGUGGUAGCAAUCAUGGUGGAAGAUUUCGUAAAUACUGCAAGUACAAUACCUAUGAGCUCGGUUCCAUUACAAAUCCUUAUUUUUACAUAUCAACCUGCAUCUGGAGCUUGUAGUACCAAACCUGAAAUUAUUGGUGAUCGUCCUAAUCGAGCUUGUAUCGGUGUCCUCCCUGGCGUACAACAUAGUGAACGUAUUGUUGCUUCUGUUGACUGUGCUGGUGAUUACAUCAAUGAAUUUGUUACUAUUUCACCAUUAUAUAUGACAAAAACGACUAUAGCCCGUGUUAGUGGUACUAGUAAUCAAUGGUAUAUUACAUUGACAUGGACACCAACUACUGAUCAGAUAGGACCUCAAGUUUUUUGCGCUGCUCCCAUUGAUCAAAAGAAUUUGACUGGCUCUCAACACUGUAUUAAUUUUGUUGUUGGUUAUCUUGCACCAAAUCUCGUCACUCCGAUUCUAGUUCAAGGAUCAGCAUCACCAUUGGGAACAAUUUUUGCCAAUCAAUCCUUAUUUAGCAUUCAAGCUACAGGUAAUGUCUACCGUCCUAGUCGAAAUGGUACGUACAUUCAAAUCUUCAACAAAGCAAAUCCAUCGACUCCUGAGUGGCAAGCCGAUUGUGGUUAUUCACCGGAUUGUAUUUAUACUGGAAACACGGUCUUGUUCUAUGUCCAAAAUGCUAAUUGGACUCCCGGUGCAUACUACUAUAUUUUAUUCUCUAGUGGAGCUGCAUCGGGUAAUAUAUUUUGUUCUCCUGAAUCGGAUCCUAUUAUAGAUCCAGACUACUGGAAUUUCAACAUUUGGGAUCCAGGUGUUUCAAGUACAUUGACAACAACAACUACUCCUCCAACGACGGGCACUGUUACCACACGACCGAUAUCAACUACUAUCCCGAAUCCGAAUUUGACCACGACUGGUAUUGUUAUCACAAGUGGAACAACUGUCCAGACAACGACAGUAACAACCACUACAACAACCACGGAAACAACGACAACUAGUGUGACGCCAACGACAACGCCUACAACAACACCUGAAAUGGAAGUCUUGUCAGCCAAAGAUUUCGAAGAGUAUUGUAAACAACCUGUUGCAAUGACAAAUGUUGUAUGCAUGCUUGUGAUGGGUGUAGUACAAUUUAUAGGGAUGUUUGCUUUUUUCACCAAACUCGAUAAAAUAUUUAAUCCAAAUCGUGUAGCUGCAAAAGUUCGGCAUAAACAAUUUGUAAGUCGAUUGGGCCGUCAUCCUCAAUGA